GAAAAGAAAUUAAUAGAUUAAAACGAAAUUAAAUUAAAUUAACAGUUUUCUAUUGUAUUGAUUUUUGGAUUUUCGAAAUAUUUAAGCUGUCUGAUCUGAGUGCAAUAUAAAGUGUGCAAAAAAUGGAUAAUUUCUUCUUAAGACUUGGUUUAAUAUUCCUCUACAUGUUUUUAUCCUUAGCUCAUCGUCUUGCUAUGAUGAUUCCAAUUCUGGAAUUCUGUAUGCAUUUGUGCGAAAAACGUACCGCUGACCUCUACAAGCGCCUGCACCAACUGGGUGAACAGCGUGACAGUUUCUACCUGCAUGACGAUGACAUGGAUUUUGUAGAGAUCGCCGCGAAAAUGAGGAUUACGGCACAAUAUAUUGAAACUAAGGGGAAAAUAGUUGAAUUGGAGGAAAAAUAUAAAAAAAUCGCUAUGGCUGUUAAAAUAUUUAUUUCGAUCCUGAUUUACUCUUUUGGGUCGAUUUUAAUGAUCUAUGUUUGCAGUCAGAACAAUGAGAAGCUCAAGUUUAAGGUGAACGUGGUGCAGCCACUUCAAGAAAAUGUUGAUGUGUUCCCUUUUGCCUAAAUCUUUCAUUAAUGCCAUUGUAUUGCUCUAUAUAUAGUACUUGCAUACGUAUUAUAUAUAUUCUCCAGACGAUUUCAUGAUGAUUUUUUAAUGUUGAAUUUGAACAAAGAA